AUGAAUACACAACUACCAACACAAGAAGAAAUAAAUAAUUUGCAAAAAGCUUCACUUGUUUCAAAUACUGAACGAAACACUACUAAAUGGUUACGAGUUGUUGAUCGUUUUAACAAAAGUUGUGGAAUAACUAAAUCUAUUGAAUCAAUAGAUUCUAUAAAUGAUUUGGAAAAUUAUCUUUGUCAAUUUAUAACAUGGUUGAAAAAAGAAGAUGGCUCUAAUUAUAAAGUUGAAUCUGUUCACAAUUGUUAUAGUGCAUUAAAUAGAUAUCUUAAAGAACAUAGUGUUCUUCAACCAAUAAAAAUCUGGGAUCGUUACAAGUUUCCUCAUGCUCUUCGCACACUAGAUGGAAAAAUGAGAAUCUUGCAAGAUAAGGGUUUAGGUGAUCCUAAAAAAUCUGAUGGAUUGUCUGCCAAAGAAAUUAAACAAAUACUUGAUCACCCAUAUAUGGAUAUUAACUCAAAUGAAUCACUUACACGUCGAGUUUUUUUCUGA